AUGGUGAUGAUGAUGAUGAUGGUGACGAUGACGCUGAUGAUAGUAUCACCCCAAGUGAGAAGUUGCAUCGAGGCCGAGAGGAAGGGCUUGCUGGAGCUCAAGGCGUAUGUCAACAUCUCCAACUCCGAUUUUGUCUAUGAUUGGCCUAAUAACAAAGACAGCGACUGUUGCAGAUGGGAAAGAGUAAAGUGUAAUCUUACAAGCGGGCAUGUGAUCGGUUAUAAAAGCCUGGGGAAAUUGAAAAAUCUUGAAGUCCUUGAUUAUAGUGAAAACUACGUCAAUAAAAGUAGUGUCUUACCCUUUUUGAAUGCCGCUUCAUCGCUCAAAACUUUGGUUCUUCGUGGAAACUCUAUGGAUGGUAUAUUUCCAAUAAAAGAGCUGAAAAACUUGAGAAACCUUAAAUUACUGGAUCUAAGCAGGAACGAGUUCAUUGGCCCAUUGCCAGACAUGGCGAAUUUUCAUAAACUUGAAGGCUUGGACUUGAGCAAUAACAAAUUUUCUGGAUCACUGGAAAAGAAAGGAAUUUGUCAACUGCAAAAUUUGUUGGAGCUUGAUCUGAGUAAAAACAAAUUCACUGGUCCAUUUCCUCAGUGUUUUGAUAGCCUAACCCAACUCCAAGUUCUUGAUAUCUCUUCAAACCUAUUCAGUGGGACGCUUCCAUCUCUUAUCGGCAAUCUUGAUUCUCUAGAGUACUUAUCUCUAUCAGAUAACGAGUUUGAGGGUUCCUUCUCUUUCGAUUUAAUCGCCAACCUCUCGAAGCUCAAGGUGUUCAAACUUUCAUCAAUAACUAGUUUGCUGCAUGUGAAAGCUGAAACCUCCUUGCAGCCCAAGUUUCAGCUGAGUGUCUUAGAACUACAGAAUUGCAACUUGGAAACAUUUCCAAGCUUUCUUCAAUACCACAAGGAUUUGCGUGUAAUCAACCUCUCCAAAAACAAGCUGACUGGAUCAUUCCCCUCAUGGUUUCUAGAGGAAUAUCCCAAACUCCGGGUUUUGCUUUUGCAGAACAACUCUUUCACCAUGCUUCAGUUGCCAAGACUACUACUAAACCACAGUUUGGAGUUCUUGGAUGUAUCAACCAACAAUUUUGAUCAACGGCUUCCCGAGAAUAUAUACGGGAACGUGGAAGGGAACUUGCCUACGCAUUUCAAUGGUCAGUACAUGAGUCUCUUGUACUUCAACGACAACGAGUUCACUGGAACGAUCCCAAGUACAUUGAUCAAAGAUGUCUUGGUGCUCGAUCUGCGAAACAACAAAUUAUCCGGACCUAUCCCGCCAUUUGUCAACAACCAGUCCAUCUUCUCUCUUUUGCUGAGGGGUAACGCAUUGACAGGUCAGAUUCCUACUGAGCUAUGCGGUCUAAGAAGCAUAAGGAUCUUGGAUCUUGCCAAGAACAGACUGAAUGGGUCUAUACCAUCAUGUCUCAAUAAGAUAUUACUUGGAAGGAGCGCGGAGUAUGAUGAUGAGAAUGGCUAUAUAGAAAAAUAUGAACCAGAUAAUACAAGACAUGAAGUGUAUUCUCGGCUGUUGGUUUUACCAAGUGAGUAUUCUCCACAAUACACUAGCUAUUUAAGGUUUAUAGUUGAGUUUUCAUCGAAGAGUAGGUAUGAGUCUUACACUCCAGAAGGUUUGGAGUUUAUGUUUGGGCUGGAUCUGUCCAGUAAUGAACUCAGUGGUGAAAUCCCAAAAGAGCUUGGGGAUCUUCAGGGUGUACGUGCGUUGAAUCUGUCUCAUAAUUCUUUGUCAGGUCUAAUACCUGAAAGCUUCUCUAAUCUAAAAGACAUAGAGAGCAUUGAUCUUUCGUUCAACAUGUUGCGCGGAUCGAUACCUCGAGAUCUAACCAAGUUGGACUAUAUGGUUGUAUUCAAUGUCUCGUACAACAACUUGUCAGGCUCCAUUCCAAGUCAAAGGAGAUUUUCUACAUUGGAUGGUACCAACUUCAUUGGUAAUCCCCUUCUCUGUGGAUCAGCUCUAAACAAAAGUUGUGAUGAUAACAUCAACAACAGUAUCGAUGAAGAAACUGCAAUCGAUAUUGAUAUGGAGAUUUUCUAUUGGACCCUCGCAGCUACCUAUGUUGCAACAUGGAUGGCAUUUAUUGUGUUUCUUUUCCUUGAUUCACCUUGA